ACAGGCACACACGAACCCGAUCAUGACAUGAAAGCAUGAAAGUUGCUGAAUACUCGUGUCAAAAUUUCGUUAUCUGUUGUCACGGCUUGGCAACACCUGGUCUCUUCCAACACCACAGCUGACCUCUUCACGUUGAGUAGUAUUUAGCUUUGAAACAGUGAUAAGCGACAUUAUGCUUCUACAUGGAGUGACAGUCAGAAUGUUUCGAGAUGUAACCAUAUUGUGGUUGUUAGGGUUGGCUUGGAUACAACCGUUCACUGUGUCCAUGCACACAGAACAUAUCACGGUAAAAGUCGACCACGUCCUACAGGAAAUUGAUGAUAUGUUUGUUGGUAUCACCAUGGAAAGCGGUCAACUGAAAUCCAACCUGACGACCCCAAAUAUCAGGUCGCCCAAACUGUUUACUCUUGGAAAAGCCUUAGCGCCAGGGUAUAUGCGAGUUGGAGGAACAUCAGGGGAUCGCAUGGUCUUUGACCCGAAUCGCAACCUAGACACUCCGCAGCAGUAUCAUCUCCAAGCUAACAACUGGGAUGCAUUCAACGAGUUUAUUCACAAUACGGGGCUGAAACUGGUGAUUAGCCUCAACCUGCUGCUGCGUGAUGGAACAAAGUGGAACCCAUCAGAUGCUAAGCAGUUGCUAAAAUAUUCCUCUGACAAAGGGUAUCCUCUUGCAGGGAUUGAACUGGGAAAUGAACCGAACUUGUAUAACCGACGUAAUGCUACAAUCAGUGAGGCUCAGCUGGGUCGCGACUUCAUGGAACUAAAGCAAGUUCUGCAAGGAACGGACUAUAAAUCCAGUCUCAUCAUUGGACCUGAUACCGCCGGUUAUAAAGACACGUUCAUAAAAAACUUCCUGUCCCACGGUGGAGCUAGUGUUAUAAACGUCUUGACCUUCCAUCAAUAUUACUUUAAUGGACGCACCGCCAAGCUGGAAGACUUUUCUAAGUAUUCUAUUAUGAAUCGCCUUACAUCUACCCUGCACUCAGUGAUGAAUACGGUCCGAAGUCAUCAUGGCCUAGUGGCGUGGCUAGGGGAGACAUCGUCAGGUUAUGGGGGUGGCACUCCUGGCAUUGCUGACAGAUAUGUGGCAGGCAACCUGUGGCUUGAUAAACUUGGUGUAUCAGCAAAAUAUGGUCUAAAAGGGGUUAUGCGCCAGGCAUUCUUUGGUGGAAAUUAUGCACUUCUUGACGACAACUAUGACCCUAAUCCUGACUACUGGUUGACGCUUCUUUACAAGAGACUUGUUGGCAACAAAAUAUUUGAUGUUCCGUCUUCAUCUAACAACCUCCGACUGUAUGCCCACUGUACAAAGCUGAACAACGUGUACCACUACAAGCCUGGCAGUAUCACAGUGUAUGGUCUCAACUUGCAUGGAGACCACGUAACCCUAGCCAUAUCAGAGGCGCACGGCAAAAACGUGGACAUAUUCUGGAUGACUCCUGAGGGAGGAGACUUGAAGUCAAAAAAAGUAGAGGUCAAUGGCAAAACAUUGGAACUUGUCAACAACCAAAUACCACACAUUAUGCCAAAAGCUUUGGGAACUGGGACGAUUGUAGUGCCUCCACACUCCUUUGGGUUCAUUGUCAUUCCCGACGCCAACAUAGCGGCAUGCAACUCACAAAGCCAUGGUCCCAUUAUCGGAUAAUUGAACAAGCGUCCUGUUAAGAUAAAAAGCAGUAAUAAAUUGUUC